CCCCUUCCCAGCUGCUUUGCUGGAUGGAGUGUUUUGGUGUGCUUCCCUCUGUUUUGGCUGCUCGCCUCCCUCGAAGGAGGGGCGGGAGGGAGGUGGUUCUGGCCGAUUGCUCCGGCUGGCUUUGUCAUAUCGUUGCUGCCUGCGGGAGCUCUUACCAUGCAUACCUCUCCUUGCAGCGAGGAGAUGGGAGAUGCCCCUUCGGUUGACAUUGUGGACAUCUACGAAUCCAUCCGUGAACGAAGGCGUCAUGACAGUGAAAGAUCUACUUGUAGCACCUUGGAACGGAAUGACAUAGAAGCAGUUGAGACCCUUGUUUGUAUGAGCUCCUGGGGUCAAAGAUCACAGAAGGGUGACCCAUUAAAAAUAAGACCUCUUACACCUGUCUCAGAUUCUGGGGAUUUUGCAGUGCAGAAUGAACCAACAUGUGAGAUGCCCAAGGAUUAUAGCUUUUUAUCCACACUGUGUAUGACACCACCAUACAGUCCAGAUUUUGUUGAGCCUUCCACCACAGCACUGCCCUCCUCCCAAGCUACUUAUUCAAAAUCUAGGGCAAUCAAGGCAAAUGUACCUGCCAGCUUAGUCACUCCUCCAGGUUGUACUCUUGCUGCAACCCAGCCAUCUGUUCUGAACAUGGAGACGCCAUCCAGCCAGAUGCCAGCAAGGACUGAGCAACCUGUUCCUCCGCUUUGCAGAGCCAUGGCAACUAGUGUGAUCCGUCACACAGGCAACAGUUCUGGUUACUCCCGCGUUCCUGGUGUGCAAGUGAAACCAGAAGUUUCAUUGGGCAACAGUGGGUCUGCAGACUGGCUGGAGGCCCAAGGCCAACAACAUUCCAGAGCUUCGAGGGAUUGCAAUAUUGCAGAGAACUUAACUUGUGACACUUCACUUGCACACAGAUCUUCCUUGCAUGACUCAGGUUGCUCUAGAACUGCCAAUAAAGGAUGUGAAAUUCCAAGACUUGCUUUGCAGCAGGCUCUUUACCCAAAGAAUUGUGAGAAUGAUAUGCAGCAAAAGACCAGCCCCCUUCUACCCUCCCCUGUCUCAAAUCCACAGGUGAUCUGUCAAAUGAUCCCCUUGGAUGGACCAAGAGGUAUGGUCCCUGCCCUAUUAAAACCUUCUACUCAAACUGCAGCAGCAGUCAAACCCAUCUUACCCCACACAGCUCCAGUUUCUCAGCCUGUCCUGAUGGGACCUUCCAUGCCUCAGGGGACUGUUAUGUUGGUUCUUCCACAGGCAGCUGUUGCCCAGGCACCUCCGUGCCAACAAACUGUGAUGUCUGUGGGGAACACCAAGUUAUUGCCUCUGGCCCCUGCUCCAGUUUUUAUUGCCUCUGGCCAGAGCAGUGCACCUUUAAUAGACUUUUCCCGGAGGAGGAAUUAUGUUUGCAACUUUCCUGGCUGCAGGAAAACGUAUUUCAAAAGCUCUCACCUCAAAGCCCAUCUGCGUACUCAUACUGGAGAAAAGCCUUUCACCUGUAGCUGGGAAGGUUGCGAUAAAAAAUUUGCCCGUUCUGAUGAGCUUUCUCGCCACCGCAGAACCCACACAGGGGAGAAGAAGUUUGCCUGUCCAGUCUGUGACCGCCGUUUUAUGCGCAGUGAUCACCUGACAAAACACGCACGCCGUCACAUGACCAAGAAGGUUCCCAGCUGGCAGACGGAAGUUGGCAAACUGAAUAGAAUUGCAGCUCUAGAGAAGCCAAGGAACGAGAGUGCUCUGAGCAUGCUUCUACCAAUGUUACCGCCAAGGUAGUGGGCCAGCUUGUCAAAACAAACAUUUUGUGAUGAACUUGAGGGUUCCCAAGAUUACAGCUUUUAUUGAUUUUUUAACUUAAUUUCUACAAGUUAUGCUUUGCUAUUGGAGAGGAUGGGAAAGUUUUCCCCCCCUCUUUUUUCUGCCCUCUCUCCCUGCUUCGGUGUUUGCCCUACUUCAUGUCACAUUACAUUUUUUCUUCUUUGUUUUUUUCCAAGUUUUUGGGGAGAAUCACCAGCACUUCAGAAAAGGAAAAUAUAUUUUGGGGUGAGGGGACAGCAUAUUAGCAGUGGACUAUUCUAUGAAAAUUUAUAUUAACUUGAGUAAGAAUAAUUAAUAGAAAGUGAACAGGCUGACUUUGUUGUUUUCAGUUUUAUACUAGUUUUCUGUAUACUUCGUACAAAUGCAGCUGCUACAGCCUGAUCUUGCAUUUAUCCCCUGAAAGCAGUGGUAUGGGAGAUUGAAACUACCUCUCAGAAACUGUUCUUCUUGGUGAACACAGCCCAGAUUGAUUAUCAACUUGGGUCUGAACCCUGACUUCAUACCUGAGGCAAUCUGCUUUAGGAUUGCCUGCCAUGCCACAGUUAGUUUAGAGCACUCUUUCCCAUAUCUGGGGAUGGAUACCUAGAGAUUGUAUUUAAAGUUGGCUUAUUCAGCUAGCUCAGGACUUACUUGGAUAUGACACCAACCAUAUGCAUCGAAGCUGAAAAGGCCGGGCCUGUGUAGUAACUCCAUACUGCAAUGGCACUGAAUUAGUUUCCCUCGACCCAUUAUUCCAUGCUGCCCAAAGCACUGUUCCAUGUAUGUGUAGACAAAACUUGUUGGCUUGCAGAUGGAACUGUGCAUAUGAUUAGAAUUUUCACAUGAGCCUUUCUUGGAAGAUGAACAAAGCAAAUGAGGCUGUUUGAUUUGCAAUAUUCAGUCAGAUGGAUUUCUUGAUCAAAUCCAAUAUUGGCACUUGUGCAAUGGAACUUUCAAUUCCUCUCUGCCCUGACACUCCCCAAAAUCUGUUCUGGAGAGUCCAGGGCAAGGUUGGGUUUGGUGAGGUAAUCUGUCUUACUUAAGGAUGCUAUUCUGUGGGUGUGGGGAAGACACUGGAAGGAUUCAACUGCAUGUCCUGCACUGAAGUCUCUCUUGAGUUGCAGUACUUGUGCUUUUAAAAUGAGGGGGAUGGGUAUCACUUGUAGGCUGUGUCAAAGUAACAAAAAUAGACUUACCUGGAAGUGAAAAUUUUGUAUUUUAAAGCUGCCUUAAAAGUUCUUAGCUUGGAGCAAAAAUGCUGUAUAAAAAAAAAAACUUCUUGCGCCAUGAUCUACAGCACAUUGGAUGAUUAACUGAAGUAACAGAUAAUUGUUACUUGUCUUUGUGGGGGCACCGUGGGAAAUCAAAAUUAUUGGUCAUGAGAUACCAUCUCUGAUGACAUGCUAAAUUUUGCAUUUCAGGCUGAGAAAAUUGUUUCUAUUGAGUAUAUGAAAGCAUGGUGUACAUGAAUAUAGUAUAUCUGACAUAUCAUUACUGUCUGAAACUAGAUAGAUCUUUUAAAAUUGCUGUAUCCAUUGGUUAUCUUUGUUAAGUCAAGCUUGCAAUAUUUUUAUUUAUUCUGAAGCUAUCUGAGAUAUUUCCAUGGAUGAUAGGAAUUUGCUGGAAUGAGUGUUUUGAAAACUACAUCUGCUAUAUGAUCCAGAAUAACACCUAGGUAAUGUUAAUGUUUGGUCAGUUAUUUUAUUAGCUUUAUUUUGUACCUGUAGCAGCAGCCUGAGAAAAUCAGGUGGUUACGAUUUUUCUAUCACUUCAACCUGGGGAGCAAUGUAUGUUAAAAACAGCAUGACAUCUGCCAGUUUGCUGGAAGGGAAGGGAUGUAGGCAAAAUUACAUGAUUUGAAAAUCUGGACUGUUGUCAUGAUGCCCAUUCUAAGCAUUUAUCUGCCUAUUUGAAUUUGAAGGGACUGGUGUUCAUGAAGCAAAGCAUAACAAUCAGGCAUUUUUCUUUCCCUUAGAACAUAGCAGCACUCGGAUAUAUGGAUUAAGUAUUAUCUUCAAUUGAUGAGAAUAUUUCAUUUUGGCUUACACUCCCAAAUCAAGUAUAAGUAGGCUUCCUUUGAAAUGAGGUUAAACCAAGUUGUCAUGCAUAUGCAGUCCUCAGCCGUGUAUGAUAGUUUGCCUGGUGCUUGAAAGCUUUUGUAUUCUUGCAAUUUGAACUAGAUAGAUGUUAGAACAGAAAGCUGGCUGGCAGGUGAUGGGUCACAGUGACUGGGCUGCAUUUGAUUGGUCACUAGAUGUGGAAAUAGAAGAAUGUUUAAUAAAAGCUGCAGCUCAGUGUUUGUAUGUAUAUAUGUGUGUGUGUGUGUGUGUGUGUGUGUCUGGAGAUACACACACACACACACACACACAAACAUGCCCACUAUAUAUAUAUCUAUAUCUAUCUAUAUCUAUAUAUAUAUAUAUAUGGCAUGUGGGUAUGUGUAUAAACACACACAUACAUGCAUGUGUGUGUUUGUUUUCUUCUGUUACAUACACUCAUAAACCUUACUUGCCAUAUUUUGUGUUUCUGAAGCAAAUUGAUAAAUGCACAGAUCACGUAGUUGUUUCUCCCCUCCCCCCCAUUUAUGCUUAACUAACAGAAGAGAAUUCUGUUAGUCAUUCAUUUUUAAAGCUUGUAAGAAAAAUGUAAGUGGCAUAAAUUCAGCUCAUAUAACCAGACCGCAACAGUUUGAUGAGUUUGAAACCACUUUUUUUGCCUCCUUUCUACAGCACACAGGCAGGAAUCCACUUUUCCCUGGUGUGAUUCCACUGAAGUUGAGAAGUUGACAGCCUUUCCAAACAAUUUUCUGACCUAAUUAUUGGCUAUUUGGCUAGAGAUUAUGGGAACUUUGGUUCAAUGUAGUAAAAUAUUGUGCCUAAUAUUUUAUAUGAAUAAACCUUAUUUGUUACUUUCUGUUCAGCAUUUAUUGUGAAAUCCUUGUUAUUUGUGUGUAUGUGUGUGUGUGUAUACACACACACACACACACACACACACAAAUACUCUUUGUAUUUCUUCAAGGGCUGUGUUGUAAUUCCUCUUCUAGUAAAGUGGAUAUUUGCAUAUA